AAGCUUUUUUUGAGUGUUAUUAAUAAUGAUGACAUGUAAAGCUAAAGUUUUUGACAUUUAAAAGUGGUGUAAAGCCAGUUGACAAGAAAGAAGGUGGAGGAGCACACAAUUGGGGAACAAUGAAGGAUGAACUAGAUAUGCAGUUUAACACGUCAAAGGAUGAGGUUCCGGAAAUGGAUCGAAGUGCUGAAGAAAUCGCUCCCGAGACAACUGAGCCAAAAGAGGGUGAAGGGGAGGCAGCUGGAGAUGAAGGAAAGAUUUCUGCAGAUGAUGAACCUAAGGAGAUGACUUUGGAUGAAUGGAAACAGCAACAAGAAGAGAUGCGCUCCGUCCCCAAGUUUAAUUUGCGAAAGCCAGGUGAAGGAGAGAGCCAGACACAGGUUGGAAAGAAAUUGUACAUCUUGAAAAAGAAAGAGGGAGGAGAAGAUGAAGUUGAAGAUGAAGAGGAAUCUGAAGAUGAGGAUGAGUUGUCACGCAGAGGACGGCAAAAGCAUGUUGUAGACAUAGAAAUAAACUUCAGUGAUUCACGUCGAGGAAGAGGACGUGGGCGAGGAGGUAUGCGUGGCAGUGGUAUUAGAGGUGGGCGUGGAGCUGGUGGCAUUGGCAGUGGAAGAGGACUCCCCAAGGCUACCAAAUCAUCUCGGCCAGCUGCCCCCAAAGUGGAUGAUCUAGAAGAUUUUCCCUCCCUUGCUACAGCUUGAACACGUGCAGUUACAUUUUUCCGAGCAUUAUUGAUCUAUUGUUUCGUUACAAGGUCCAAAGUAUGGGUGAUUAUGCUUCCUGUUUUAGUGACAGACCUUGACCUCAUGUAUAGAUUAAAGUACUGGGAAGCAUUCAAAGUCAGGAUGUAUGGAAAUCAGAAGACUUUGCUACUGUUUUGUGAGGACUUUUUUUUUUUUAAUAUUAUUUUGGUGGAUCAAACAAACAUGCAGUCUGUUGUUAAUAUUGUGAAAUCAAGUUUCCUAAAGCCUUAAAUUCUCCCUUACAUAAAAUAAACACCCAUAGCUGAAUGCUAGGUGGUUAUUAGGCCUGUAUACCCUUGAACCCAUUAAUAAAAAAAUAAUAAGUUCUCGGAUAUUGUUUUACUGCUCGUGCUCCUUUGCACCCAGGUAUUCACAACUUGUUUUUUCUCCAUUAUCAUGAUGUAAAAUUUAGGUGGUUGUGAAAUGAAUACAAAUUCGUUACUUCUCA